UUGAGCGUGCUGUGUUGUUGUGUUUAUGUGCUUCAAGCGGGCUACUCGAAAACACACGCUGCUCACUCCAUUUACGUCGGCGUUUUUUUUUGUUAUUUUUUUCACAACUGUGUCAUUUCGGUAUGUACUAACAACUUAGUGUUUUUCUCUCCGGCGUGUAAUUGGAGCGGAACUAUUGGGUAAUUACUCAGUUACGUCGCAGGAGCAGUCUUUUGUGUCAGAUAUGAAGCGUCUGUUUUUAAUAGCUUCGUAACAUCUCUUCGGCCAAAAAGCUCGUGAUCUACAGUUUAUGUUAGUUGAUUUCUGCCGCGGGUUAUUUGUCGAAAAUAACAUUACAAUGAAGCAGGACGGUGAUGCUGCCAGUGUCCCUGCGUGCUUCAUAUCAGACCAUGAGGGUUUUCUAGGAAACAUUAAAAAGUUCAUCAGGGACUUCGUGGUGACUGAAAUCGACAUCAAUGGACGGCAAGUGAAUUCAGGAGCAGCCACGCAGGCUCCUCACUGCUCGGACAAGACCAGUGGGAGAUGUAAACAGGAUCAGAACCUCCAGGGGUCCGAGGAUGCUGACUUCUCAGCCGACUGCAGGUUCGAUUUUACCAUAUCGAGCCCAGACAGCUUAGACUUGAGUAUGGUUUUGGGUCAGGCGGUGAGCGAACAGCUCGAGCAGUUUGUGCUGAGUCUCCGAGACGAGGCGGAGGAGGGUGAAAAGUCAGGCCACAAGGAGCUCUCUUUGGGUUCUUUUACCGACAAGUACCAGCGAGCCAACGUGCACCGGGCCGUGCGACACCGCUUCCCCUUCCUCAUGACCGUCACCAUCCAGCCCGAGAUCAGGGUGAGGGAGGACCCGGACUACAGGGAGCUCUCCCAGCUGGUCACCGAGGAGGAAGCGGAGGACUUCUUCAGGUUCAUUGAUGCCAAAGUGCAAGACUCGUCCUAUACGUUUCACCCCGACGACAACAAGGAGCACCGCACGGCCGUCCACCACUUCCUCAACCGCCGCUUUGGGAAACUGGUGGAGACCAAGAGCUUCACCGAACAGGAGAGGACGGCCAUCUCGGUGCGGCUGAGGGAGCGAGGCAGACCCAAGAAAAGGAGCGCCGAGGAGCGCAGAGAGGAGGAUGUCUACACAGCUUUCACGCUGUGUAAGGAGAACUUGGAGACUCUGGAGGCCAUCAGCUACAUGGCAGCAACACUCGGCGUCUUGCCGUCGGAUUUCACCUACGCUGGGAUCAAGGACAAGCGAGCGGUCACCUAUCAAUCCAUGGUGGUCAAGAAGGUCUCGCCACAACGGUUGAUGGAGAAGAGGGCGGCGUUUGAGAAGCGAGGGAUGCGUCUUUCGCACAUCCGCUCCGUGGCCGAGCCGCUGAAGCUGGGACGACUGCAGGGAAACCACUUCGACCUGGUGGUUCGCAAUCUGAGGUCGCAUGGCACCAUCGACGCGCACUCGGGCGCUGAGACAAAACAUCGACUCGCUGGCUUGGUGGAGGAAGCACUGGAGAAUGUCAAGGUGAGAGGUUUUGUCAACUACUACGGGCCGCAGCGGUUCGGAAGUGGGCAGAGUGUUCAGUCGGACCAAGUUGGGCUGGCUUUACUCAAAGAAGACAUGGUGAACGCAGUCCGUUUGUUCUUCAGUCCCGAGGACGGCGAUGAUCCUCCGAGCCAAGCCAAGCGACACUUCCUUCAGACGGAUAAUGCUAAGGAGUCCUUGGCGUUAAUGCCCGCGUCCAAAGCCAGGGAACGGCUCAUGCUCCGCGCCCUGAACCGUUAUGGCACCGGCCCGAACGGCUGCGCCAAAGCCUGGCUCAGCCUUCCGCACGGCAUGAGAGUCUUCUAUCCACACGCCUACUGUAGCAGAGUUUGGAAUGAGGCGGUCGCACACAGAUUGGCGACCCUGGGUCACGGCGUACGGAGGGGAGACCUUGUGUGGAUGCAGGAGGCGGAGAAAAUGGACGACUGUGGCGAAUGCAGGGCGGCUCAGAUCCACGUGGUGACAGAACAAGAAGAGCGACAGGGAGUCUACGCUCUCACUCAGGUGCUGCUCCCGAUGCCAGGGAACACGGUGAAGUACCCCGAGAACGCCAUGGGCACGUGGUACCGGGAGAGACUGGCCAGAGACGGCCUGGACAACUGCCGCUUCCGAGUGGGCGGCCUCAAGCUGAACCUGCCGGGCUGCUACCGCCCAUUGCUGGCCAACCUGUGCAACCUUAGCUACCAGCUCCUGACCAAUGAGGAAGGAGGAGGAGAGGCAACGGGAAACAGCGGCAUAAAGAGCGACGGACACCUGAAGGUCGCAGCGGAGGACGCCAAGCGCGAAUCGCUCACGCUUACCUUAAACUUCGACCUGGACUCCUCAUGUUAUGCCACCGUCUGCCUCAGAGAGAUCAUGAAGUGUGAUCCCUAGAUGUUUUGCCCACUGAACCUCCUGAAUGGCAUCGCACACUAGUUUGUACUAGUCAGUCAGUAUUUUGGUUGGUAUUUGUUUAGUAGUGUCCUUAGCUUGUGUUUGUAUUUUGUGGCAUAAAUGACAAAUAUAGACUUGAAAGAGA